ACCACAGUCAGCGUAACCUUUAACCCAUGAGUUUCGUGGUUCAUUCUUUUCGUUGCGAUUUCCUGGCGUGGUUUAUUCAGUAUUUAGUGCCAGAACCACCUUGAGCUCGCAAGAUGGUGGCGUCAAAGAAACAGAAAAAGGCGUUGGAAAAUAUAAAUUCAAGACUGCAACUUGUUAUGAAGAGUGGAAAGUACAAUCUUGGGUAUAGACAGACUCUUAAAAAUUUAAGACAAGGGAAAGCAAAACUUGUAAUUCUUGCUUCGAACUGUCCUGCCUUAAGGAAAUCUGAAAUUGAAUAUUAUGCUAUGCUGGCCAAAACUGGAGUCCACCAUUAUUCAGGCAAUAAUAUUGAGUUAGGAACAGCUUGUGGAAAAUACUUCCGUGUCUGCACAUUGACCAUCACAGAUCCAGGUGACAGUGAUAUCAUCAGAAGUAUGCCGUCUGCAACUGCGGAUCAUUGAUGUGAUAAGAACUAAUAAAUAUUAUAUGGUCCUUAAAUUUGUCUAUUUCUCAGUAUUUGGGCCAGGCAUGAACAGAGCUUGUGACUUGAUUGAUGUAUUCUGUUUGUGGAUAUAUCAUUUCAAACAUUCUAUCACAUCGUAAUUAGCAGUUGAGCAUAUUAGGUCCUUCCUUUGGGGUGCAAGUUGAUCAGAAUACGGGUAUCAAGAAUGCCUUGUGCUGCCACUACAGUUUAA